AUGAUAUAAUUUAACCUACUUAAAGGCUAAAUUUAAUCUUGUUAAGUUCAAACUACCUACACAAUGAAUGGCUAACUCACCAGAUAUUGUAUUGCGGUUCAAGCAUUCUCUUUUAAGCUCUCAAUGCAAAAUGGGCUCUUCAUAUUUGAUUACAUUACAAUUAAUUAUUUAUACAUAUUUAGUAUAUGGUGGACCUAUAGAUGACGUUCAAGAACUGAAACCAUGUCCAAAAAUCAAACCUUUUAAUAAGGUCAACAUUGAUCAGUUAUUGGGAAAAUGGUUUUUGGCUAUAAUGGUGAUAGAAUCAGAACAUGAAGAGUUUGUUGAAGACGGAGUUUGUAUUCAUGGUGAACUUUUGCGAUAUAAUAAAACCACUCUGAGACAAGUAUGGAACAUUGAUAAUCCAUUAUUAAUCGGUGAUCACAGUGCUGUAAUUGAAUUGCCAACAAUAGAAAACGAAGCAGGAAUUUGGUCAAUACAAAGUCCACUAGGAGGAGAAAUAACAGCAACUACCAUUGAUGCAGAUCCAGAUACACAUUUGAUAUUGGCGUUUUGUGGUAAAAAAGGAUCAAACUCAUUACAUAUGUGGACCGUAGUUGUAACACGUCAAAAUGGAAUUUCAGCACCAGAAACUUUAAGGUUGUCAGCCAUUUUAGUUAAACAUGGUUAUAAUCCAAUGGCAAGUAAAAUUAUAAGCUGGAAAAAUUGUCCAAUUUAUACCAUGGUACCUUAAAAAUGUGAAGUUAUAUUUUGUAUAAUAUCAAACAAUAAAAUAAAUAAAUAAAAAUACAGAA